GGCUACAAAACCCCGGGAACUUCCAGCCGCGGCUCAGAAGUUGCCAAGCUCGCCGGAGGCUCUGCAGAAGCGCUCGCCAUGGGAGACCCGGUGCUCGGCUGGCCGCUGGAAACGUGGGCGCUCGUCCUGCUGCUCCUGGCGCUGCUGAUGCUUUAUGGGAUCUGGCCGUAUAAUUUCUUUAAGAAGUUGGGGAUUCCUGGGCCAAGACCCCUGCCUUUUAUCGGAACUUUCCAUAAAUAUCGGAAUGGUGUUUUGAAGUUCGACCAAAGAUGCUAUGAGACAUAUGGCAAGAUCUGGGGAAUAUUUGAUGGCCGGCAACCUGUGAUGGCCAUUUUGGAUCCUGCCCUCAUUAAAACCAUUCUGGUCAAAGAAUUCUAUACUUAUUUCACCAAUCGCCGGGACUUUGGCCUGAAUGGAAAUCUGGACACAGCCAUAACUGUCGUGGUCGAUGACCAGUGGAAGAAGAUUCGCAGUGCCUUGUCUCCCACUUUCACCAGUGGGAGGCUGAAGGAGAUGAUGCCCAUCAUCAACCAUUACAAUGAAAUCUUGGAGAAGAACAUUCAGAAGAAAGUGGAGAAUGAUGAAAUCAUAGAUAUGAAGCUGAUCUUCUCAGCCUACAGCUUGGAUGUGGUAACCAGCACCUCAUUCAGUGUCAACAUCGAUUCCCUCAACCAUCCCAACGAUCCGGUGGUUGUGCACAUGAAGAAGUUCCUCAGAUUUAGCCUCCUCAGCCCUGUUUUAAUCUUGGCUGUCCUUUUCCCAUUCCUUAUUCCAGUGCUGGACAAGUUCAACUUGACCAUAUUCCCCAAGUCUUCGAUAGACUUCUUCUUCAACAUCCUCCAAAAAAUCAAAGAAGAUCGGCAAAAGAAGGGCCGUACGAACCGAGUUGAUUUUCUUCAGCUCAUGAUGGACGCGCAAGCUGCAGCCAACAACUCCGGGGACCCAAAUUCAGAGAAAGGUAAAACAGACAGAGAGAGUUGGAGAGUAAGAGAGGAGAGUUCAUAA